AUGAAUUUAAUUGCUGUAUUCAACAUUCUUGUCUAUUUGACUGUUAUCUCUGCUCAUGGUGCCUCUAGUUAUACAAAAUAUGGUCAUUUGAUAGAUAUUUACACUUGUAGAUAUCUGCUUAUGCAGACUGCUUCAUUUUGUAAGCCUCCGUUAGUAGGAGAUGCUUGUUUGUGCACUAACCCAAACGGAUUUGCUUCGAUGGUUGGAUGUUUGCACCAACUUGGUAAAAACAGCACUUCCAAUAUUGAGUUAAUUGGAAAAUUAUGCUUACCAUACAAUAUUACAAGAACUCCAGAAAUGUUUGAAGAAGCAUAUAAAAACUUCACUAGGAAUGCAAAGUCUCCGUCUCAAAUAGAUGGCUACAAUAGAACGGUACCAGUGAACGUACCCGUUAUAUUGAAUGAGCAAUUGGCUAAAAUUACUUUGAAGUCAUACACUCACUACCUUCACAACUUCGACUACUCCUUGUACUAUGGAGGUGGUAUGGUUGCAUACUGGGCAUUGGUUUUCAUCUUGGGAGCAGUUUGUAACUGGUCCAAGCUUUUAUUUCCUGGGAUUUUCAGAAAGAUGACAGGGCCAUUUUCCGCCUUCAUUAGAAAGUACAUUACCAUGCCAGCUACUUUCAGAAAGAGUAAGGCACAGGAGAAGACAUUUCUUCGUUAUUUUCAAAUUUUGAUUCCAUCAAGAUUGGAAACGUUGGUAAUUAGUGGGUUUGUAGUAGUUACCAUUGUCUGCAACGCUAUUGAUAUCUACUACAUGGAGAACGAUCCUUUAUUUCCUACAAAGACAAGAGCAAUUCUGAAAUAUCUUGGUGACAGAACCGGCAUUACUGGGACUAUUUUGAUUCCUCUCUUUAUGUUAUUUGCUGGUCGGAAUAACUUUUUGCAAUGGGUCACCAGAUGGAAUUAUGCAACCUUCCUUACCUACCACAAAUGGGUUGCAAGAAUUGAUUUCAUUUUGAUUGUUAUUCAUUCAAUUACAUACACACUUGCUCUUGAUUUAAGGUAUCCUUCUGAAAUCAAAUUGCCAUAUCUCUACUGGGGUGUUGUUGGAACUGUUGCAGGAGGAAUAUCCUUUGUACAAGCUGUGCUUUACUUAAGAAGAAAUUGGUAUGAAAUGUUCUUGUUGGUCCAUAUUAUUUUGGCUGUUCUCUGGAUAGUAGGUGGCUGGAUUCAUGUAGAAGAGUUAGGCUAUAUCAACUUCUACUAUGCAUCUGUUGCCGUUUGGGUAUUUGAUAGAGUUGCAAGAAUAGGAAGACUCUUGGUCUUCGGAUUUCCAAAAGCACAGGUCACUCUAUUGGCCGGUGAAACCUUGAAGGUGGUUAUUCCAAAACCUUCAUAUUGGCAAUCUAUUCCAGGUGGACAUGCUUUCAUACACUUUCUCAGGCCAAGUUGUUUCUGGCAAUCUCAUCCAUUUACCUUCACGGACUCUGUUGAGAACAAAGACUCUAUUGUACUUUAUGCCAAGGUUAAGGGAGGUAUAACUCACAGUCUUUAUCAAUACUUGGCUGCCCACCCUGGAAAGACCACUCAAGUUAGAGUAGGUGUUGAGGGUCCAUAUGGUGAAUCAACUGCUGCGUACAAGUACGAUUCGGCUGUUUAUGUUGCAGGGGGUAAUGGAAUUCCUGGUAUCUUCUCGGAAGCUGUCGAUUCUGCUAUAAGAUCCAAGGACUCAAGGCACAGAGUCAAGUUGUUCUGGAUCAUCAGAGACUACAAGACUCUACUUUGGUUUCAUGACGAAUUACUUGAAUUGAAGAAAACUAAGAUUCAAACUACCGUAAUUGUCACCAAGCCUGAAUCCCAGAGACCGGCAGAGCUAAAGAGAUUAUUCUCACACUCACCUCAAGAGAAGCUUGACUUGGUUGACGACAAGAAGGAUACCAUAGACUCUGAAAAUGAAAAGGUAUCUGGAAGCAAUUCUGAAAAUGUCUCGAACGACGAAAUUGUAUCUACCAUCCAAGGAAGCUUGGGCCACAUCACCUUCAAGACUGGAAGACCUAAUAUGGAAGAACUUGUCCAAGAUGAAAUCAAGGAAUCCAGUGGUUCAACAGCCUUUGUCGCCUGUGGCCACCCAUUAAUGGUCGACGAUAUUCGUUACGCUGUUGUCCAAAACUUGGACAACAGUGAAAAGAAGCGGGUUGAGUUCUUUGAGCAAUUGCAAAUAUGGACAUGA